UCUGGUCUUUGCCGCAUGUCCCCCACCCAGCCGAGGAAAGGCUUGCGGCCAGUAGAGCCCCAGGAACAGCAGGGCUGUGUGCACCGGCACCCGGCACGGAACUGCCCUCGGCAUCGCCCUGCGCCCCGCUUAGGGCUGGGCUCUCACGUUCCGCUGCAGAGGAGCCGAGCCCGUGGGAGCCCCCGGGAAGAGCGGGGGAUCGGUGGGGCGGGGCAGAGCCUCGGUUGGAGGCGACAGGGGACACCCCGGCUUCCCCACCCACCGCAUCCCCGGGGGCAGAGAGCCGGGCGGAGGCUGAGCGCAGCCGAGGGGCGGGGGGGAUCGGGGACACCCCGGGGGCGGUCCGCGGCCCCAAUCCUGCCCCGGGGGCUGAACCGGGCUGGCCCCUCCUCCGGCACGGCCUCCCGCGGGGCGGCGGGCCCCGGGCGCAGAGCGGCGGCUGCGGGGCGCUCCCGGAGCCCGCUCCGCCGGGCCAUGGCGAGCACCGGCUCCGCGCCCGGCGGCUCGGGCUCGGGCUCCGGCUCGGGCUCGGGCACGGCGCUGCCCACCCGCUUCCAGGAGACCGAGAAGCUGCUGGCGGCGACUGAGAGUCGGGAGGAAAAGGGCCUCCGCGGCUCCAAAUCCUUCACGGCCGCGCUGCCCGGCGAGGCGGAGCGCAACGGGCACGGGCUCUCCUACAAGUCGGUGUCGGUCGGGCACCUGGAGGCGCCUCCGCUCUCGCCGUCCCGGCUCAGCCUGGGCAGAGCCUCCUCCAUCGCCACCAGCACGGCGGCACCGGAGCAGGGCCGCCCGCGGGACUACCUGGUGCUCGCCAUCUUCUCCUGCUUCUGCCCCGUCUGGCCCAUCAACAUCGUGGGCCUCGUCUUCUCCAUCAUGUCGAGGAACAGCGGGCAGCAAGGGGACCUGGAUGGAGCACGGCGACUCGGGCGCAUGGCCAGGCUGCUCAGCGUAGUCUCCAUCGUCCUGGGGACCAUCAUCAUCGUGCUCUACAUUUCACUCAGCAUCAGAGUUUCCUAGAAGACGUUUAAAGCAUGCAAAUGCCUCGAAGAGGAGGAAGACAACUUUCCUUUUGGGGGUUUUACUUUCAGCCUUGCAACAAAAAAUUGUCACAGUGUAGGUGGGCAGCCCUGGACAGCCUGCUCUGGAGCGCCGUCGGAAGGAACGCAUGCUUCUACUUCAUCGCCUCUUGGAAAUGAGUUUGUACAAGUGAUGGGAUAACGAACAUCGCCAGAAGGAAUGGGAAAGGACAUGGGAUGCCACGCAGAGAGGAGAAAGGGGAAAUCCACUACCUCAUUCCCCUCCAGCAAAACUCACGGAGUGGGGAGACAACUAAAGUACAAGAGAAGGGAGUUCCAAGAAGGAAGCUUCUUUUAAAAGGCGAGAACAGGACAUUCUGAGGAAUCCUCCUGAGGAUUUUGGCACAAGUCACUGAAUCCAUGGGGAGUUGUUGGUUUUUAAAUCGUCAGAUGCUGUCUCUACAAUAAAAAUAAAACCCCAAAGCUCAAACUGCCAUCGGGAGCUGAGAGCUGCUCCAUGGAGGAGGAGGGAAGAGCAGAGCUGCAGCAGGACCACGGCUCUGCUCCGCACGAAACUGCAGCAAAAGCUGGAGGAUGUGGUGGGUGCUUUUGUAUUUUUGAUGAAAAAAAAAAAAAACAAACAAAAAAGAGACAAUGACCAUU